GCCUCAUCCACCACCACCAUGCCCUCUAACGCGCCAUUGACAUGCCCUUACUGCGCGUCCCCUAUACCGACCCUCUCCCGCCCCCUCACAUAAUCCCCCGGACUGCCGCGACAGUGUCCGGCGCAAUUGCAUGUCUCACAGACUUCUUAACCGCGCCCCCGUCUAAAAACCUCAAACUCGAUACCGCCCGCAAUGACCGCACCGUUUUGCUCACCGGCGCGGGUAUCUCGGUAGCAUCAGGCCUGGCAGAUUACAGAGGCACGAAUGGAACGUAUACGCUGAACCGGACGUAUAAACCGGUGUAUUACAACGAGUUCACGGCGAACCAUGAGGCGCGGAAGCGGUACUGGGCGCGGAGCUACCUAGGCUGGACGAAUCUCCACAAAGCCCGGCCAAACAUAGCCCACAAAGCCGUUGCUCGAUUAGGGGAGUUGGGCGUGAUAAGCAGCUGCAUCACACAAAAUGUCGACUCCUUCCACCCCCUCGCCCACCCCUCCCUCCCCACCACUGAGCUCCACGGCUACCUGCGCGCCCUUGUCUGCCUGACCUGCCGCACCGAGUAUCCGCGCACCGCCUUCCAGACGCAGCUCUCCGCGCUCAACCCCGCCUGGGCCGCGUUCUUGGCCGAAGUCCUGGCUUCCGGCGCGCUCGACACCGAAGACCCGGCGCAGCGCCGCGCGCGCGGGCUCACGACCAACCCGGACGGCGACGUCGACAUCCCCGGCGCGCCGUACGGCACGUUCCGCUACCCGGCGUGUCCGACUUGCCUCGCCGCGGGCGCCGCCGCGGGCGUGCAGCUUGAUAGCGACGGCGGAUGGGCGGAGGGCUCGAGCGGCGGUGUGUUGAAGCCGGCGGUGGUGAUGUUUGGGGAGAGUAUUCCGCAGGCGACGAAGAUGGCGGCGGAGGAGGCGGUGGAUGGCGCGAGCAGGGUGCUGGUGGUGGGGAGUAGCUUGGCGACGUAUUCGGCGUGGCGGCUGGUCAAGCGGGCGAGGGAGAAUGGGAUGCCGAUUGGGGUUGUGAAUAUUGGGGGCGUGAGGGGGGAGGAGGUGUUUUUUGGGGGGGUGGCGGAGGGGAAUACGGGGAGGGAGGCGGUGAGGGCGAGUGUGGAUGCUGGGGAGGUGUUGCCGGCGGUGGUGAGGAUGGUGGAGGAGGUUGACAGCAUCUAG